ACUUCCUCAAGCAAGGCCACACCUCCUAAACCUCCCUAAACAAUUUGUCACCAACUAGGGACCAAGUAUUCAAAUGCCAAAGCCUAUGGGAGGACAUUCUUAUUCAAACCACCACAAAUUACCACCUUUUACAGAGAAAAUUAAAAUGGCCCAGUGGCUCAGUUGCACCAAUUUCACGUUGACCUUCCAGCUGAUUCUUCAUCUGAACUAAAGAACAUAGACAUGAUUCGCGCUUAUUUUUGAAAGUGAAGGGAUGCUUGCCUCCCUCAGUUUGACUUGGCAGCCUGAAGUUCCCCCAAGGCCCUUUGAACUGGAUUGUUCUUGGACCACAUGUAUUUUUUAUACAUUUAGAGAAUUGGAGUUGCUACUCCAAAGAAAAGAAAGAUUAAUUCUGGCUGACAGAACAAACUUAGUAGAAUGGAAAGGAGGACGUGAGAAAUGGCAGCUGCCACUCUGAGCACACACAGGCCUUCUUCCCUGGACACUUUACAAAAGCUCUCUAACGUGUUCUGUGGGACAGCCAGCCCCGGGCACCAGACCACAGACCUGGAGAUAAAUCACAGAGCAACAGAGGCCAUGUUCUUGGGAACAGUGAUUUUUUUUUAUUUUUUUUUAAGUGCUCUGAAUUAAGUUUUUAUAUUUCUCGAGAGUAUGUUGGUGUCUGUAAACCUAAGUAAGAAACUCUUUUUCUUAGCAAUCUUCUGCCCCUCCGUUCCUGAAAGAGGUCCAGAAGGAAGCCAGUCUGGCUGCUCCCAGGGAGGAUUAAGGGGAAUUCACCCCAUGCCAAUGCUUGGACUAUCAUUUUAUCUGACCCUUACACCGGGCCUCCACAGGAAGCAGCAGGCUGAUGCUACCUACCUUCAGUCGGUAUUUUAACAUAUGUCUGUUAUGCAUAUAUUGUCUGUCAAGCUACGUAGUCUUUGCUGGAGAUAACACGGUGAAUUAUCUAGAUGUGUCCUGAGUUCCCUUAGGGCUCACACUUCUUGAGAAAGGGAGAUGAAGGAGAAGAUGAUUUCUAGGAGAGAGAGAAAUGAUAAGGGAGACCUGCCUUAGAGAGGAGGCCGGCCCAACGGCAGCUAUCCGUCUCCUGGGUAGCUCCAGUUUGUCCUCCUGUCCCCUCCAGCCUCUAUCGCCGCCUUGCUGUCCUCAGAGUUUCACCUUCCCUCCCAGCCGCCCACCUCUGGUUCCUACGUGCUCUCUCGCGAGCCGCACAGGCCAACGGCAGUACUCUGCCUUGCUGUCUCCUUCCUCCUACUGGCUUGGGCAACCCUACUGUCCACCGCCUCCCGCCAUGGGCAACGAGGCUAGCUUCCAUUCCGAGAUGGGCAGUAACUUCGAGCAAGAUGAGAUUAGAAGGCUGUGCAGAAGCUUCAGGAAGUUGGAUGUAGACAAAUCCGGCUCCCUGAGCAGAGACGAGUUCAUGUCGCUGCCUGAGCUGAAGCAGAACCCACUGGUGACUCGAGUGAUCGACAUCUUCGACACGGACGGCAAUGGGGAAGUGGACUUCCACGAGUUCAUCGAGGGCACCUCGCAGUUCAGCGUCAAGGGCGACGAAGAGCAGAAGUUAAGGUUCGCCUUCAGAAUCUAUGACAUGGACAAAGAUGGCUACAUCUCCAACGGGGAGCUCUUCCAGGUGCUGAAGAUGAUGGUGGGUAACAACCUCAAGGACUGGCAGCUGCAGCAGCUGGUAGACAAAACCAUCUUGGUUGUGGAUAAGGACGGCGAUGGCCGGAUAUCCUUUCAAGAGUUCUCUGAUGUGGUCAGAGGCAUGGAGAUCCACAAGAAGUUGGUCGUGCCAAUGUGAGUUUUGUGGGGGUUUUUAUUUGUCUGUUUGGUUUGGUUUGGUUUUAUUUAAAGGCUCCACUCAACAUACUUGGCUUUCUUCUCUCACUCAAGAUAUUCCAGCUACUGUCUCUCCGGCUAGUCCGGAAGUGUUUCCCUCUGCCUCUAACAUAUCUGUACAGUGUCAUUAAUUCAACUCUCGAUGACGAUGGCGACAGACAAGGGGAAGAAGCAGGGAGGGAAAUCAGAAAUUGAAAUAAUUCUCAUAAAUGCCUUUUUCUUUGUUUUAGAGAACACGGUCAAGAAGACUAAAAGCUUAAAAACAAGAAAAUGCACAUCUUUGCCUUUCUUUCUCAAGGCUGUGUAUAUGGGAGAAGACUAUAAUUCUCACGGAGUGUUAGGCACUCUUUUCAUUUACUUGUGGCAUUCAGACUUUUAACAAAUUGUUAACUUCCUACUAUAACAACUAGCAAAAAAUAUAUUUAUCUUUGCUUAGUAUCCUUAGUCACUCUCUGGGCACAAAUACCCGAAUAACAGGAUGCACCUGACUCCUCAUGGUCAUCCAGAAAUGCCUGAGCAUGUUUGAAGGAUAGAAGUCUAAAUGGGGAGAUUCUGGCAUGGUGCUGUAGCCUGCCAGAAAGUAGUCUCAGAGUUCAUGUGCGAACAGCUAAACCUGGACCAAACGGCCAGCCCACCAGUCUCAGUACAACAGGUUUUCAGCCUUGUAGGUUCUGAAAAAGCAGUGUUUUGGUCAGAUAGGGCAUCCUUUGUUGUACGAAUCUUAAGUUCUUAUUAAUAAAAACAAACCUGGAGCCAGGUAUUGGGGUGAAUGCUGGAAGAUCAGAGAAGCAGAACAAGCCACAGCUACCUCGCCUUGCCAAUGCCUCAGCUGAUUUUGUUUCCUCAGACUAGAAGCCUCUCAGUCUUCAUCCAGAAUGAAUCUCAGCUGAACUGCUGCUCAAAAGCAGGCCAAAAGCUUCUAGUUCCUGGUUUUCAUGCCUUAUAUACCUUUCUGCUUUCUGCUAUCACUUCCUGGGAUUAAAGGCUCACUUCCUGGGAUAAAGGCGUGAGUCGCCAUGCUUGGCUGUUUCUAGUGUGACCUUAAACUCGCAGAGAUCCAGAUGGAUCUCUGCCUCCCAAGUGAUAGGAUUAAAGGCGUGUGUGCCACCAUUUUCUGGC